UAAUCCUUGCCCUCUGCAUCGGACGAGUGACUGAGCGAGGUUCAACACAGUCGAUUCACCUGAGCUUUUUCAACAUGGAUGCCCCUCUUACCCCAGAGUUGAAGGCAGAACUGAAGAAAAUCGCCGAGGCUAUUGUGACUCCAGGCAAAGGUAUUCUAGCUGCAGAUGAAAGCACGGGCACUAUGGGCAAACGACUGGCAAACAUCGGCGUUGAAAAUGUCGAAGAGAACCGUCGCCUUUACCGACAGCUUCUGUUCAAUUCAGGCGCAGGCUUUAGUAACAGUAUCAGUGGUGUCAUUCUUUUCCACGAAACUGUUUAUCAGAAGGCAGACGAUGGAACGGCUUUUGUUAAGAUUUUGAGGGACCACGGCAUUAUUCCAGGGAUCAAAGUCGACAAAGGUGUUGUGCCCUUGGCUGGAACCGUUGGUGAGAGCACCACUCAGGGACUUGAUGGUUUGUCCGAGAGAUGUGCCCAGUACAAAAAAGAUGGCUGUGACUUUGCCAAGUGGCGUUGUGUGCUGAAGAUUGGUCCGAAUCAGCCGUCCGAGCUUGCCAUGAAAGAGAAUGCAAAUGUCCUCGCUCGCUACGCAAGCAUUUGCCAGGCUAAUGGGCUCGUUCCAAUCGUUGAGCCUGAAGUAUUGUGCGAUGGUGAUCAUUCUUUAGAACGAUGCCAGCAAGUCACGGAAGCUGUUCUCUCUGCUACUUACAAAGCUCUUGUUGACCAUCAUAUUUAUCUGGAAGGAACGCUUUUGAAACCCAACAUGGUCACAGCUGGCCAGUCUUGUCCAACAAAAUACACUCCACAACAAAAUGCUGAAGCUACUGUUACAGCCUUGUCCCGCACUGUGCCUGCUGCAGUUCCAGGUAUUGUCUUCUUGUCUGGAGGACAAUCUGAAGAGGAAGCAUCCGUCAACCUGAAUGCUAUCAAUCAGUAUCCAGGUAAGAAGCCAUGGCGUCUAACAUUUUCAUUUGGCCGUGCUCUUCAGGCCAGUGCUUUGAAAGCUUGGGGUGGAAAAACAGAUCAGGUGAAAGCUGGGCAAACAGAGUUUCUGAAGCGCGCUGCAGCUAAUGGAAUGGCUUCCAAAGGAGAGUAUACUGGAAGUGCUAGCAUUGCUGGGGGAGAAAGCUUAUUUGUGGCAAACCAUCAGUAUUAACUGAACUUCACUGUUUGUUUUUUUCUGUUCAGUACAUAGGGUGGCUCAGAAUUAGUGUAGCAAACUCUAAAAUUCUUGCUGUAGUGUGUAAGACAGGCAAACCGAACACAGAACUACUGAACAUAAAAAGUAAUUUUCUUUCAGUGAUUAUAUUCAUUUUGUGAUUCAAUAGUGGUAGUGAAUUGCAUAUAGCUUGCUUCUCUCCUUCUAAGUGAACCGAGGUCAAGGUGAAAAAGAGGAUAUGAUAUCACCAAUAAAACACAAGUGAAAUGUU